AACAAGCCCUAAAGUUGAAAAAAGAGGGCAAAAGAAAUGCUACUCUCGCUUCGACCGACGGUGGGUGCUCUUCCCGCCACAUUUCGCAGCAAUUUCAACAAACCGAAGCUUCUUCAUUGUUUCUCCAUAUCAAAAUCCAAUCUCAGUUUCAAAUUUUCUCCCAAUUGUUAUUGCAAAAAAAACAACAGUACCGAUAAACCCACUGAGACUAAGUUGCAAGUUGCAUACCGCGUUUAUACUGAAAAGCAAAAAUUAUCAGAUGGAGAACAUGAUAUACCAUGGGAAAGAGGAAGUAUAUGGAGUAUUAUGGCGAUGUAUAUGUUCAAUUUACAUAUCCCUCUCGGUGUUGGAGGCUUGUCUAUAGUUGCCUACUUGUUGCACCAACCUGCGCUUGAUCCACAAACUGAAAUAUUAUCACUUCUUGUUGUACAAAUUUUAGAACUCAUUGGAGCUCUGGUUCUACUUAAUACCACUGCCAAACCGGACCAUAAGUUAAGGAACAUCUUCAAAUCUAAUAAGUUAUCAAAGGAGAGGAACUGGCUGUUAGCAUCAGCACUUGGUUUUGGGUCUCUGACUUUAUUGGUGUUCCUUAUCUCAUUCCUUGCUGAUAUAUAUGUUGGGCCAAAG